CCAGCUGGAACCUCUAAUCCAUGCAGUGCUCUCUUUACAGGGGUCCUCAGUCAGAUGGACGAUGAAUACAAGUGGGCAGGAGUGGAAGAUCCAAAGAUCAUGAUCACCUCCUCCAGGGACCCCAGCUCCAAGCUCAAACAGUUCGUCAAGGAGGUGAAGCUGAUUUUCCCGAACAGCCAGCGCAUGAACCGGGGGAAGCACGACAUUGAGGCGCUGGUGAUGGCGUGCAAAUCCAACGGCGUCACGGACCUGCUCAUUGUGCACGAACAUCGCGGCGUCGCAGACGGACUCAUCGUGUGCCACCUGCCCUUCGGCCCGACGGCCUACUUCACGCUGUCGAACGUGGUGAUGCGACACGACAUUCCCCACAUUGGCACCAUGUCGGAGGCCCACCCUCACCUCGUCCUCCACAACCUCACCUCGCGCCUGGGCCAGAGGGUAUCCAGCAUCCUGAAGUACUUAUUCCCCGUCCCUAAAGAAGACAGCAAAAGGGUGAUCACGUUCGCAAACCAGGAUGACUACAUCUCCUUCAGGCAUCACGUGUACAAGAAGGUGGAUCACAAGAACGUCGAACUGUCAGAAGUGGGGCCCAGGUUUGAGAUGAAACUGUACCAGAUCAAACUGGGGACCUUGGAGAACGAGAAAACGUCAGAGACAGAGUGGUGCUGGCACCCCUACACCAACACAGCCAAGAAGAAGCGGUACCUCAGCAUCGAGUGAACACAGUCGGCAUCUGUGGGGGAACGGAGCAGAGCAAAGGCUCCAGCACUCUGUGUGUGUGUGUGUGUGGGUGUGGAAGGAGUUUCAUUGUGUGUGUGUGUGUGUCUGUAUAUGCAUGUGUGCUGGAUGGUGUGGAAGAGCCAUCA